AUGCUCGAAAACCUUUGCACCCUGCCGCUGACGGCCGACGUCUUCACGGCCGCGCUGCACCCCACGAAACCGCUGCUGUCCGUUGGCCUGUCCAAUGGUCGUGUCGAGACCUUCCGCCUGCCCGCCGUUGCCGGCAGCGACGACGACGCCGACGACUCGAGCGACGCGGGCGAAUCCAAGACCAAGAGGGCCGGCCCCGCCGAGACGGGCAAGGGCAUGAUCGAAUCGGUCUGGUCGACGAGGCGGCACAAGGGAAGCUGCAGGACGCUGGCCUACAGCUACGACGGAUCUUCCAUGUUCUCCGCAGGCACCGACGGCCUGGUCAAGCACUUCUCGCCCGAAGACGGCAAGGUGCUCUCUAAGACGGUGAUCCCCAGCCGCAAGAACGGCCCCGACGGCCCCAGCACGCUGCACGCGCUGAACCCGCAGAGCCUGCUGCUGGGCUGCGACUCGGGCGCCGUGUACCUCAUCGACAUCAAGGACGGCGUGGCGGCGGGGCAGCCGCACGCGACGCACCGGCCGCACGAGGACUACGUCAGCGCCGUGGUCGCGCUGCCGCCGACCAAGGACAGCACGUCGGGCGUGCCCAAGCAGUGGGUGUCGACGGGCGGCACGACGCUCGCGGCGUCGGACUGGCGCCGGGGCGUGCUGUCGCGGUCGGAGGACCAGGAGGACGAGCUCAUGUGCGCGGCGUUCGUGCCGGGCGUCGGGCCCCGGAAGAACAGGAACAACGGCAUGGUGGCCGUCGGGUCCGGGUCGGGCGUCAUCACGCUGUGGGACCGCGGCGCCCCGGACGAUCAGCAGGAGCGCAUCAUCCUCGAGUGCAUGGCGCUCGUGCCCGCCGAGCUGGGGUGGGGCAAGAAGCUCAUUGUUGGCGUCGCCGACGGCACGCUGCGCGUCGUGGACAUUGUCAAGAGAAAGGUCGACGCCGAGCCUGGGUCUGUGCUUCGCCACGACGACCUCGAGGGCGCCGUCUUUGUUGGCUUUGACUGCUACAACCGGCUCAUCAGCGCCGGCGGCCGGACGGUCAAGGUCUGGCAGGAGCUCGCCGAGCUGCAGGGAGGUGGCAGCGAUGGUGAGGAUGACGACGACGACGACGACGGUGACAGCGACGACGACGACACGAACGAGAACGGCAAGAGGGGAGCGAGCAGCGGCGAGGAGGACAGCGAUGACUCGGAUGCGCCGAAGAAGAAGCGCGGCAAGCGGAGAAAGCAGACGCCCAAGAAGCAGCCGGACUAUUCGUUCCCUGACCUGUAG